CCUGGUGACCCGCGUCCUGUACAAUAUGCAACCUCCUUAUAAUAGCACCUGGACCCUCUUAAUCUGCUAGUCACGUCUUUCAGAGACUACAUUCUACUUCUUUUCUCUGUUAUUCUCUGUUACCUCAGAGAGACUCGGGGUAUUGUUGACUCUGUCUCUUGUAUCAUACUUUUUAUAUAAUCAGAUCUACGUCGCUCCUGCUCUGUCUGUCUGUUCCCAGGAGUCGAGUGUAUGAGUUGCGAGUCACCAUCCCAUUACAAAUUACGCCGAACUGUUGCGAUUGCGACCCCUCGGUAUAAAGUAAAGCUAGAACGAUAGAGCACUGAUUGAGAAAUACAAUUCGUUGCUUGGUAUUCGCUGUGUCUUGGGGCUGGAUAACACUUGUUGGCCGAGAUGGGAGAGACAAGAACGCCGGCGAAGACGCCGUUGUCGAAGAAACCCGGCUCUGCCGCGCCUCCGUCUUCGACUGCAACGCGCAAACAGCAGAGCAUUCUGGGCUUCUUCGCCAAAUCUUCUCCCAACGCUCCCUCCAAGUCCUCCACUACCACCACGCCGACUGCUGCCACCCCGGCACGCAGCUCCUGCCUCCAAGAAACAACAACAAAGUCCAAUUCCCUUCAACUCAAUAGGAGUACGAAACCUUCCAGCGUCACCCCCGUCCCCAGUAGCGAUGCCAUUGAACCCUCAAGCUCCCAAGAGAACCACGAAGCUACUACAGUAACCCCCGGGAACAAGAAGCGAGCUGCUCCCACAAAACUGGUCAUGGGUAGUAGUCCCUCGCGUAAGGCCAAGAAGACAGUCAGCUACGCUGAAUCUUCCGACGAUGACGAUGACCAAGAUAUUUUUGCUGCCAUGGAAGCUUCUCGCUCUCGUCGUCGCGGUCGCCAACGAGCCAAAGCAGUUGUCGAAGAGGAUGAAGAUGACUACCAAGAAGCGGACGACGGCGCUGCUAAUGAGGAAGAUGAUGAAAUGGCAGAUUUCAUAGUCUCGGACGACUCAGAUGCUCCUACCAAGAAGAGAAAGCGUCCAACAAAGGCCCCAACGGCAAGAAAACGAUCCCAUGCCUCCUCACCACCCAGCCGGAAGCCAGAGAAUAGCGACACUGAGCAGGGCGAUAUCGAUCUUAUGGAUGACAUACCUUCGACUUCGACUGCGCAGCAAUGGGCGUACGAUCCGAACAGUGUCGAUCCCGUCAAAGCGAGAGCGACGCCCACGCCUAAACCUGGCAAAAACAAAGUUAAAGCACAUACACGUGAACCGGAAGAGCGAUACCCUUGGCUUGCUAAGAUCACAGACAUCAAUCGCCAUCCACCAGAUCACCCCGACUACGAUCCGUCUACUGUAUAUGUACCACCCAAGGCAUGGAAUGAAUUUUCAGCUUUCGAGAAGCAGUAUUGGGAGAUAAAGCAGAAACUGUGGAACACGGUAGUCUUCUUCAAGAAGGGAAAAUUCUAUGAGCUAUAUGAAAACGAUGCAACUAUAGGUCACCAACUAUUCGAUCUGAAACUCACCGACCGUGUUAACAUGCGCAUGGUUGGUGUUCCCGAGAGCUCGUUAGAGAUGUGGCAGAAUCAGUUUAUCGCCAAAGGGUAUAAAGUGGCUCGAGUUGACCAGAUGGAGACGGCUCUCGGCAAAGAGAUGCGAGAAAGGGAUGGCGGUAAAGCUAAGAAGCAGGACAAGAUCAUUCGUCGUGAACUUGCCUGCAUCCUCACAGGUGGAACUCUAGUCGAUGGCAGCAUGCUGCAGGACGAUACAGCCACAUAUUGCGUGGCCAUCAAGGAAUCCGUCAUCGACGAUCAUCCUGCAUUCGGUGUCGCCUUUGUCGAUGCUGCUACUGGGCAAUUCUUCAUUUCCGAGUUUGAGGACGAUGUAGAUCUGACAAAAUUCGAGACGCUGGUUGCUCAGACAAGCCCGAGAGAGCUUCUAUUAGAGAAAUCGCGGAUAUCAACUAAGGCACUUCGCAUCCUAAAAAAUAACACUUCGCCGACUACUAUCUGGAACUAUUUCAAACCAGGCACGGAGUUCUGGGAGGCUGACUUAACCCGUCGCGAGCUUGGCUGCAACGGAUAUUUUGCUUCGGAUGACAACGAAGACGAGGAGGUGUGGCCCGAAGUCUUGUCCGAGGCUAAAGACAAGGACUUGCUUAUGUCUGCACUUGGCGCUCUCGUUCAGUAUUUGCGUGUACUCAAGAUUGAGCGCAAUUUACUAUCUCAGCGGCACUUCACCUGGUACAACCCUAUUCAUAAGAACGGUACCCUCAUUCUUGACGGCCAAACCCUAAUCAACCUUGAAGUCUUUGCCAACUCUGUUAAUGGCGGUAGCGAAGGCACUCUGUUCUCCUUACUUAACCGUUGCAUCACACCAUUUGGCAAGCGUCUGUUCCGUCAAUGGGUAUGCCACCCUCUCUGCAAUAUUCAAAAAAUCAAUGAGCGGUUGGACGCCGUGGAUAUGCUCAAUGCAGAUGUUAGUGUGCGUGAACAAUUCUCAUCUCAACUGACGAAGAUGCCCGAUCUUGAACGACUUUUGUCACGAAUUCAUGCGGGUGCUUGCCGGCCAGAGGACUUCGUCAAGGUUCUCGAGGGGUUUGAGCAGAUUGAAUAUACGAUGAGCCUUCUCAGCGCCUUCGGAGGUGGUAAUGGACUUAUUGACCGCCUCAUAUCUUCUAUGCCAGACCUUAACGAGCCAUUGUCAUACUGGAAAUCGGCUUUUGAUCGUAAAAAGGCCCGUGAAGAAAAGAUACUAGUACCCGAGCGUGGUAUCGAAGAGGAUUUUGAUAAUAGCCAUGAUACCAUUGUUGACAUUAAGGAUGACCUACAGUCCUUGCUCGCACACAAGAAAGCCGAGCUGAAAGCCAAGUCUCUCAAGUUCACUGACGUGGGCAAGGAAGUUUACCAGAUAGAAGUGCCAAAAUCUGUCAAAGUUCCCAAGGAUUGGCAGCAAAUGUCUGCCACAGCUAGCGUCAAGCGCUACUACUUCAAGGAGCUGACUGCUCUCGUGCGAAAGCUACAGGAGGCCGAGGAAACGCACUCGCAGCUACUUCGCGAGGUAUCGCUUCGGUUCUUCAAGCGCUUUGAUGUCGACUAUGAGAUCUGGCUGCAAGCUAUUCGCAUCGUGUCCCAACUUGACUGCCUUGUCAGUCUUGCUAAGGCAUCGUCAUCCCUUGGUGAGCCUAGCUGUCGCCCUACGUUUAUCGAUGAGGAGCGAAGCGUAGUUGAAUUCACCGAGCUUCGACAUCCAUGUAUGCUUAAUACGGUUGAUGACUUCAUUCCCAAUGAUAUUGUCCUUGGGGGUGAUUCUGCCAAGAUCAACCUUUUAACAGGUGCCAAUGCUGCUGGUAAAUCUACGAUUCUCCGAAUGUCAUGCACCGCUGUCAUUAUGGCUCAAAUUGGCUGCUACGUGCCGGCCUCCGCAGCACGUCUGACACCCUGUGAUCGUAUCAUGUCGCGUCUCGGCGCUAAUGACAACAUUUUUGCGGCGCAGUCGACAUUCUUUGUUGAGCUGUCAGAAACCAAGAAGAUCCUCUCAGAGGCGACACCUCGCUCUCUCGUCAUUCUUGACGAACUAGGUCGGGGCACGUCUAGUUAUGAUGGCGUCGCAGUGGCGCAGGCCGUUCUGCAUCAUGUAGCUACGCAUAUCGGAUGUAUUGGCUUUUUCGCGACUCACUAUCACUCCCUCGCCACGGAGUUUGAGAACCACCCGGAGAUCCGCGCAAAACGGAUGCAGAUCCACGUCGACGACAAAAACAGACGCGUCACAUUCUUGUAUAAACUCGAGGACGGCGUAGCCGAGGGAAGCUUUGGCAUGCAUUGCGCGGCCAUGUGCGGCAUCGCUAAUCGCGUGAUCGAACGGGCCGAAGUCGCUGCUAGGGAGUGGGAGCACACGAGUAGACUUAAAGAGAGUCUUGAACGUGCUAGAGAGGGGUGCUAUAUACCACUGGGCAUUUUGAGCGAUGUGGCGACGCUUCUAGACGAUGAGAAAAGCGCGGACGUCGCUGCCAGGAGUCUAGAUGUCCUUGCGCGAGCUAUCGAAGCCUUGUAAAAUGUGUGUUUAUUGUUUCUAUAACCUUCUAUGUCGGGAUCCUCUUGAAGAUUCGAUCUUGUCUGACUGGAAGGUAUAUGUUGGGUCUGCUAAAUUUGCUUGAGCGAAAAGUGCAAGGCGUUGGGGCUAGGUAGAGGCUGGAGAAAUGCUUCCCGUUUAUGUCGCCUGUUAUACUGUUAAUAUGGAAUCAAAACUUAUCACUUCUCUCGGAAAGUUCAUGGCAUUCUUUAUAU